AUGGACUUAAUUGGGAAAUUCCCUUGCGCCAAGGGAAACCUCCGGUAUGCAGUUGUGGCCUUAGAGUACUUCUCCAAAUGGAUUGAGUCUGAGCCCCUCACAGCAAUUACAUCCAAGAAUGUCCAUAAGUUUUUCUGGAAAAGCGUCAUAUGCUGCUUCGGCGUCUCAGGACAUCUCACUGUAGAUAACGGGAUGCAGUUUGACUUUGGCCCAUUCCGGGAGUUCUGCACCGACCUCAGCAUUGAGAUGUGCUUCACCGUAGUUCAUCAUCCACAGUCCAACAGGGCGAUCGAGCGCACCAACGCAUCUGCUUUGAAUUGCAGCAUCGUGGACCUCCGCUGGGGGCACCUCAGACAGGAUGGCUUCCAUCGUGGAGUCAAGGAUCGGCUGUGCCAGCACACCAAGAUGGCUGCACUUGGAACUAGGCAGCAGCGCUAG